AUGAGAGCUGAACAAGCCUUUGGUUUGUUUGUAUGCUUCAUGUUAGUUGACUGGAUUCAGGCCCAGUCUUCACUUGUACCUUGGGGUCCUCAACCCAUUGGAAAUGGUGACCAAUUUAAAUCUACUCAGUGUUCAGAGAAGAAUUGGCAGAUUUGUACGAAUGGUGACUGGGGCUCUAAAUGUCCAUCUGGGUGUAGAAUGCAGGGAUUAAUCAAGACUGAGAAUCAACAAAAUGAUAACAGGAUCCAGGAGAUUCGACAGAUGUUGGACAUGUAUUCCACAGUAUUUGAGAACGCUCAUAUUACGGUGACUGAAGCUGUCAACAGAAUCAGACAGACUCUAAGCAGGAUAGGUGGACUUGGCGACACUUACUAUCAGUUGGUGGAUCAUCUGAAUUCCAGACUUACCAUGUUGCAGAACAAGACUAAUGAUCAAAGUCUCAAGUUAAAACUAUUAAAAAAUAACAUGUUAGAGCAAUUCAAGGUUGUCUCAAGACUGGAGGUUGACAUUGACAUCAAGAUACAAUCUUGCAAAGGAUCUUGUGCAAAGUCAGUUGUUUACAGUGUCAACAAAGAGAGUAAUGUCCGAGUGGAGAAAUCCCUCCAAUCAAUGACAGGCAUAAAACUGGACAGGAUUGUGAAUGACAAGCCAAUACAUAAGCUCAAACUGAGUUUGAUGAAGAAAUCUGAGGAACGAACUAGAUUCAAAUCUGCAUCUGAUAUUGAUCAUGAAUAUCCUAGGUUCUGGGACGAUGUCCACACUAGAUUAAUUACCAUAGAAAAUGAUGUACCACAUGCAAAUUCACAACUAGAUCCUGACUUUUUUGAAGAUUCAUUCUUAACUUCUACGCCAAUGACUCCAAAGAUUAUAUCCACAAUCAAAGAUGUUGACAAUCAUACAAUUAGCAUGAAGGGUAGUUUUGUGCCCUUAACCCAUGGACUAAAUAGCACAGAGAAAAUGUAUGUAUCCCUAAAGCAGGGCAGCCUUGAUAAUAGGAUUGAAGAGCCACUUUUCAUAAAUGUUUCAGUCAAAUCAACUUCUUCAUAUAGUUCUUAUUCCACCAAAUCAAACCACUCUGUAUCUGGUUCUAAAAUUGUCAUAAAUCAAACUUUCACCAAACAUAGUGACACAAAGACAGUCAAUCAAGCUGCUUCUUCCGAUUUGUCAAUCCUCAAUUCAAGCCAAACAGAUUUUAAAGAAUUACCGUUGCAACAAACAAGUAAAGGCUCUUCUGUUCAUUUAGCUCAAACAAAGAACAGUAGCUCUGGUGAUUUCACCGAUUAUUCAACUUUGGGGCAUUUUGACAAUUCUGUAAUGACUAACAACAGAAAACAUGCCUGCCCUUCAACCAAAGAGGUGACAAAUUCUAAAGACAAUGCACCUCAUGCUGAAUCUGUUAACUGUAGCUGUAGCCAUCAGUCCACCAAUACAAAGGAUUCUAAGGGCUUUUCAAAAUCCUCAAAUACCACCCAAGUUACUUUGAAACUAAACUUGCCUUUUGAUGAUGAAACUAGAGAGGAGCGUGUGGAUUUGCAGCCCCGUAGCUUUAACAUUGAUAAAGUGCAGAAGAUUGAAGGCUACAUUGGGAAAGAUUGCAAGGACAUCAUACAAAAGCAUGCAUCUGGUAAUGAAAAUGGUUUAUUCAAGAUAAAACCUACUGGAUCUGCUGACAUUGUGACAGUUUACUGUGAUCAGAGCACUGAACUGGGUGGUUGGGUGCUGGUUCAGCAGCGAAUGAAUGGAUCAGUUAACUUUAACCGAUCCUGGGACGACUACAGACAGGGAUUUGGUAGCAUUGACAAACAAGGCCAUGGAAACAUCUGGCUGGGAAAUGAAAUCCUCCAUUUACUCACACAGAAGGAAAGCAUUUUUCGUAUAGAGCUAGAGGACUGGUCAGGGAAUGAGGCAUUUGCUGAAUACACUGUAACUGUGGGUUCUGAAUCAGAAAGCUAUAGGCUAAACAUUGCCAAUUAUGGAGGAAAUGCUGGGGAUGCAUUAAUAACAGGGCUACCAUUAGAUAGUGAACAUACCUCCCAUGCAAAUAUGAAAUUUAGUACUUAUGACAGAGAUAACGACAAAUGGGAGGAGAACUGUGCAAAAUUUUAUGGAGGAGGUUGGUGGUACAAUAGUUGUCAGUCAGCUAAUCUAAAUGGAAUUUACUACCAGGGGGGAUUGUAUGAUCCUCGUAACAACAUGCCAUAUGAAAUAGAAAAUGGGGUGGUAUGGGUCCCCUUCAAAGGUAGCGACUACUCCCUUAAGGUGGUAAGAGCAAAAAUCCGACCAACAGCUUCAAGUUAGACAAAGAGUUUCUGUUGUUAGUUAUUCAAAGGAUAGUGCAAGUUUUAUGUUUGACUUGCACAGAAAAAUUGACCUCUUUACAUCAUCUGGACUAUCGGAACACUUGAAUAAAUUGUUGAAAGAUCUGCACCAACAUUGAA